AGAAAUCUGCUGCCAGUCUAGCUUUAGGUCACUGUUGGGUCUUCCAGCAAGACAAUGACCUAAAGCAUACAUCAAAAUUGGUCCAAAACUUCUCUGAAGGAAACCAAAAUCAAAGUCCUGCAGUCGCCCACUCAGAGCCAAAUUUCAGUCCUUUUGAGAACCUGUGGUGGGCGGUCAAGAUUAAUGUCAAUGCUCAAAAACCACGCAAGGUCCCUCAACAGACAUGUCCCUCAAUAGGCUUGUGCCAACCUAGUUAGGAACUACCAUAAGAUGUUGAUGUCAGUUGUGAGUCAGAAAGGUUACAGUAUUGACUAUUAAUUGUUAGAGGGCGAAUAAUUUGGGCCUUGUCAUUUUUGUCUUUUUCUUGUUUCAAUUCAGCUUAUCAGUGAAAUAUUUUAAUCAAGCUUAGUGAAGAUUUUCUCUUUGUUCUUUUGGAAGCAGUUAAACUAUAAACACUUUUGGUUAUGGUCAUUUCCAUGGAAAGGUUAAGGGUUUUGUUUGAUGUCAUAAAGGGGGCUAAUAAUUUUGACCAAAACUGUAUGUUGCUGCAUUGUUUUCAGACUUGCAUCCUGAAAUGAGUUUAUAAUCAAAUGAAUAAAGAAUACACUCACAGUAUAAUCUGUUCCAUUUUCCCCGAGAGCCAGUGCCAGACUCAUAUUCGUAAGAGGUUGUAUGACUGUGCCCAUAGUUUGGAGUUUUUUUACGUUAAUAUGAACAUAAUCAACUAUUAGAGAUUUGAAAAGGUUGCUGAUUCAUUUUCACACAAUAAUUAAGACUUGGAUUAAAGUAUACUAUACAGUUCUGUUCAUGUUAUAUGCCGUGAACGGUCGAUUAUGGGUCCUUAAAAAAGUCAUGGAAAAGUUUUAAUGAAAAUGUGUGGGAACCCUGUGAAUCGUUCAAGCCACAAACCACAGGUUGGGAACUGCAGCUUCUUACUGUAGUUAUACUGUCUCUGGGAAUAAUUUUGAUACAAGCCCAAACUAUAGUUUGGAAAAGUACAGUGUACUACUGCACAUGGAAAAUAACACUGACAUCACAAUUUACCGUCACUAAUGUUAUCAAACUGACCUGGGUGCUGUUACAACAUGCAAACUGAGGAAGUUAUUGUUGCAAAACACACACAGACCCACACACUCGCUCAGCUCAGCGCAUAGUCAUGCUGUCAUUGUUGUGCAGUUGUAACUGUUAAACUGUAAACCAUUAAAAUGUACUUAUUCUCUGUUCUGAGCCUGACUUAUAGUUACCAUGUUGACUCUAGUAUUAUGUUUUUGCCAGUGUUUGAGAUGAGGGUGUGACAACCUCUACAUAAGUCCCUACAAUUAUGUAUCAGAAAUAUAUCAGCCACAGUUAAGCUUGUGUGUAUGUGACUGUGAGAGAGCAUAGUGUAUUCCUCUCUCUCUCACCACCACGUGACCUGUAAUACUCCAUAUGGCCCGCUGACGUCUGUACUUCCUAAUCUCUGUCUCCCUGUCUCUCUCUACCUCGCUGAGGCUUUACAGGCAGCAGUGCUCAGCGAGAAGUCAGAUUUGUGCCUUCACUUUGACAAAAACACACCUGUCACUGUCUCCUGUUGGACUGAACACACUUUCAGUUCAGCCAGGAAGCUUAAUCAGCUGACAGCAAUAUACAGUAUCUGUUAAAGGGAGGUGUUAAGGACAAUUUACUCAAGUGUGGAGUGGACAUAGCUGUGGACAGUGAUGGACACUAUGGUGUGUCCGAUGGGUGGUGGGGCCACCAGGCUGUACGGCACCCUGACUCAGACCCUCAGCAGCAGCUCUCCUCUUCCCCUCCCUCCAUCUCACCAGCUUGCAGUCACAAACCUGGAUCCAGCUUUCUGUCAGGAGCAGAAGGUGUCCCCCGUAUGUGCCCCUGAUCCAGUGGAGCUGCUUCGACAGUGUGAGGAGGCCCUCAGGGACCGACAGCCUCGCUUCCACAGAAAGUUCACUCACAUCAGUGAUGGAGACAGCGCCCCAAGUAGCCCCAUCAGGGUGAUGCAGUGGAACAUUCUGGCCCAAGCUCUCGGCGAAGGACUUGACAAUUUUGUCCAGUGUCCCCCAGAGGCCCUCAGCUGGUCCCGCAGGAAAUACCUUAUCUUAGAGGAGAUCCUCACCUACCAACCUCAUAUCCUGUGUCUGCAGGAAGUUGACCACUACUAUGACACCCUCCAGCCAGUUCUGGCAGGCCUGGGUUACAGUAGCAACUUUUGCCCUAAACCCUGGUCACCGUGCCUGGAUGUGGAGGGCAACAACGGCCCUGAUGGCUGCGCUCUGUUCUUCGAUCAGUCACGGUUCGAGCUCCAGGAUAGCGUGAACAUACGGCUCUCUGCAAUGAGGAUUCCAACCAAUCAGGUUGCCGUCGUGAUGAUGUUGCGUUGUCGGAGCACACAGAGAUGCGUGUGUGUGGCAGUGACACACCUGAAGGCUCGUUCUGGGUGGGAGUGGCUCCGCAACGCCCAGGGCUCCGACCUCCUGCGACACCUCCAGAAUCUGGUCCAGAAACACUCCAGUGAUCCUGGGGCUGCCCCCAGCUCUGACAUUCCUUUGCUAAUAUGUGGAGAUUUCAACGCAAUCCCAACUGAGGAGGUGUACCGACGUUUCAGCACAUCACCUCUGGGUUUGGACUCAGCCUAUAAGAAACUCAGUCCGGACGGUUUGACUGAACCACAAUACACAACGUGGAAGAUUCGGCCAACAGGAGAAUGUUGUGCCACUCUGGACUACAUCUGGUACAGUCAGGACACACUUAGAGUGGACGCAGUUUUGGACAUGCCCACUGAGGAACAGAUUGGGCCAAACAGGCUUCCAUCCUUUGGCUAUCCAUCUGAUCAUCUCUCUCUGGUUUGUGACUUCAGCUUUAAGUAGGAGAAGUGAGAGGGAAAUCCAGCGCAGAGGAACAGGUUGAGCUAAGAAGAGACGGAGUCGACAUCGGCUCCUGGUUGGCUUCACUCAAGGAGAAGGCCUGCAGAUGAGAUGCCAAGAGAUGGAAGCUAGCUUCUGACUGGAUGGAAAAAUCAGAUAACUUAUGAUGAAGGUGCAGAGCAACAGCAUCGUCUACCUCCCCAAAGUCUAACAUUAUGCGUGUGUUUCCUGCACAAUGUUACUGAUCUGUACCUUCAUCUGUACUCAAACACAAACCGUACAGUCAAACUAAUGAAUGGAUUGGAAACUUUUUUGUCUAAAUAUAUACAUAUAUAUAAAUAUAUGCAGGAAUAAAGUGUUUUUGCUGCACAUGUGUGGCUUAUAUUUGA